CAUGUGUACGAGCUAGUCUGCCCUGACAUAUUGCAGCGCAUUCAAAGGGCGACAGACGCGGCCAGACAGAUGCACCUAACGCUGCUGCUUGCUGUACAUAAAGUUGAUCGUGCGCGCACACACACCACUCGCGCCAAGUCUGUUGUGCUGGUCAGGGUGCCGACUUCGCGCAAAAGGGGCAAAGACGGGAAGCGACGCGACGGCGGACAAGAGCCACGGCCGGGUAAUCUGUCAGUCAAUGGGAAACUCCUCCUCGAGCGGUGGAACCAACACCUGGCCUCGGCGCGUCAAUCAUGAGCAGCAUUGGAGGAGCAGCAGCAUCAGCAGCAGCACAAGGCACGACGCGUGCGUUCGCUUGCCGCUGCAGGUCGGGAAGUGAAUCGUCGAGUCUCAGUUUCGGCGGAGUAGGCCUUUGGAACGCGUCCUUCGUACCCUUCAUGCUGCUGCGAGCGAAGGCCAUUUGCUGGCAGUCGUUACCGCGGAGCCGCACGCAGCCCCAUGCACCCACGCACACAACAGCAGCUGCGCUUGUGAGAUCGAUCUCUGAAGCCAAAGUCGCUUGCCCUCGUGAUCGAAACAGCGACGGGACAUUUACAGCUCACAUUCUUGGAACCAUUCCCAGCAAGGGAACCCCGAUCUUGGGUGUGAAUGAGGUAGGAUCGCGCCAUAUGCUAACUGCCUCAAAUUUGACUCUGUCCUCCUUGAGCGCAUUGCUUGACCAUGGGGCAGCAGCAAUCGAUGCGUGUCUGCGCUCAUCCGUGCGCGUGUGAGUGUCAGAAGAGUGAUGCUCCUCGACAAUAACG